AUGCACAUCAACUCGUGGAUUCCGUUCUUGUUGCCUGUGGCUGCGGCCAGCUCGAUUCCUUUCGGUACUGAGUUCGCUCGCCGUCAGUUGCCCAAGGAGCCUACGGGGGUGAAGUCUAUUAAGACGGCCAAUAAUGUCACUAUCCGCUACAAGGAGCCUGGCAAGGCGGGCGUUUGUGAAACCACCCCUGGUGUGAAGUCGUACGCGGGCUACGUCGACCUGUCGCCGACAGAGCACACUUUCUUCUGGUUUUUUGAGGCGCGCCACGAUCCGGAAAAUGCGCCAAUUACGCUGUGGCUGAAUGGUGGCCCGGGAAGUGAUUCGUUGAUUGGGCUGUUCGAGGGUCAGAAUGGCGCGGAUGCUCCUUUUUUCUACUUCACUGCUAACAGUUGUCUUCAUUUAGAAUUGGGUCCUUGUCAUGUUAACGAGAAAUAUGAGACUUAUCUUAACCCCCAUUCGUGGAAUGAGGUCUCCAACAUGCUCUUCAUCUCUCAGCCUCUCGGCACUGGCUUCUCCUAUGCCGAGAAGGAGGCUGGCUCUCUCAACCAAUUGACCGGUGCCUUCCAGGAUGAAGACGUCGCUGGCGUCCAGGGCCGCUACCCUGUUAUCAACGCCACUAUGAUUGACACUACCAAUCUUGCUGCCGAAGCCACUUGGGAGGUCCUGCAGGGAUUCCUUGGCAGCUUGCCCAAGCUCGACUCGAAGAUCAAGUCCAAGAGCUUCAACUUGUGGACUGAGAGCUAUGGAGGACACUAUGGCCCGGCUUUCUUCGACCACUUCUACAAAGAGAACCAGAAGAUCAAGAACGGCAGCGUGGAUGGCAUCGAGCUUGACUUUAACACUCUCGGCAUUAUCAACGGUAUCAUCGAUGAGUCUAUCCAGGCUCCUCACUACCCGGAGUUUGCAGUCCACAACACCUACGGCAUCAAAGCGGUCAAUGAGACAGUCUACAACUACAUGAAAUUCGCAAACGAAAUGCCCAACGGAUGCCAAGACAUGAUCCAAAACUGCAAAAUGACCAACCGCACCUCCUUGACAGACUAUGCGAUCUGCACGGAAGCAGGCAACAUGUGCCGUGACAACGUCGAAAGCCCAUACUACGUCUUCAGCGGCCGCGGAACCUACGACAUUCGACAUCCCGCGCAAGACCCCACUCCGCCCAGCUACUAUGAGAAGUACCUGGCCAAAGAUGAAGUCAUGAACGCGCUCGGCGUCGACCUCAACUACACAAGCUCUAACUCGGAAAUUUACUACGCUUUCCAACAAACCGGAGACUUCGUCUGGCCCAACUUCAUCGAUGACCUGGAAGAUAUCCUCACCCGUCCUGUCCGUGUGGCUCUCAUCUACGGCGACGCAGACUACAUCUGCAACUGGUUCGGCGGCGAAGCCAUCUCCCUCGCCACCAAGUACCCCCACAGCAAGCAGUUCAAGGCCGCCGGCUACGCACCUUUCCUCGUUGACGGUGUCGAGUACGGUGAGACUCGUGAAUAUGGCAAUUUUUCCUUCACCCGUGUCUACGAAGCUGGUCAUGAAGUCCCCUACUAUCAGCCCGUCGCUUCUUUGCAGCUUUUCAACCGUACCUUGAAUGGCUGGGAAUUGCCUAAGGGAGAGAAGAAGCUUACACCGGACUUCGGAUCCGAUGGACCUUCGUCUGCUACUCAUACCCAGUCUUCCGUUCCUUUGCCUACUUCCUCUGUGGCUCCGAGUAAGUCAGCAGCCCCGUGGAUGUGGUGA